AUGGGCUCCUCCGUGGCUGUGCAGGCGGCCGCGGCCGCGGAGGCGGCCAACCGCAGCGCUGCGGAGCUGGGCUUGGAGGACAGCCUGGUGUUGGCGGCUGCCAGCGCAGCCGUUCUCUCUGGGGCGCCAGAGGCGCAAAGCGCCGAGCUGGCCCAGCUGGCGGAAAAGGCCGCAGAGGCGCAGGGCUUCGGCCCCUUGGGCCAGGCAGAGGCGGCCGCCUGGGCUGCGGCCACCGGGGCAGGUGGAGGCGCCGUGGCCGCAGCGGAGGCUUCGGAGGCGGUGCGACCCCAUGAAGAGGAGCUGCCGGAGGUGCAGACAGCUGCUGCGAGUGUUGCCAUGGAGGGUGCCUGGGAGCGUCCCAAGAACAACUUCGGAGAACUCAUGGAGUCGCAGCAGGUCUUUGGCCACGAGAUGUCAUUGCAUCUGGGCAGAAGCGACCCCAGGAUGCACGAAACUGAAGGUGAGGACAGAUUGAGCCUGCCCUUUUGGCUUCCGAUCCUGGCGGCCUUUUUUUGCUGUCUGGGAAUGGUGGCUUGGCUGGCCAGUUGCAGGACACAGAAAGUAAAGAAGAGCCUGCGCACUGCAUCGGUGGAUGCCAACCCAGAGGAAGAGACCUUGUUACCGAGCUGCAAAGCAGGUGGCUGCAAAGACUUCGACAGGAGCCAAGAGGCAGAAGAGCCGCCCACCGCUGAGCUGCCGGUGGUUGAGCGGCUCGGCGGGAAGCUGGAAAGUUGA